GGGCCUUGACUGGACAGGCCGCGGACCUCGCACCCCCGCCCCGAGUGUGAGUCCGCCGGGACCCGGCCGCCGCCAAGCGCGGGUGCCCCAGGCUGGGAAGAACAGCCGUGCGCGGCCACCUCGUCCUCGGCAGCCAGGCGGGGGAUAUUUUUUUAAAGAAUUAUUGAAGACAGUUUUCUUAUUUUUGUUUUUAAUGGCUUUACAGAAUUUUAAGUCGAAUACAAUCUGACAUGACGGCAAAAAAUGUUGGUUUGAGUUCCACAAAUGCAGAAUUAAGAGGAUUUACAGAUCAGAAUCUCAGUCCAACAAAAGGUAACAUUUCAUUGGUUGCCUUUCCAGUUCCCAGCACCAACUCACCAACAAAGAUUUUACCAAAAACCUUAGGACCAAUAAAUGUGAAUGUUGGACCCCAAAUGAUUAUAAGCACACCGCAGAGACUGAGCAGCUCGGGAAGCGUCCUGAUCGGGGCCCCGUACAGCCCCGCGCCGGCCAUGGUCACCCAGACGCACCUCGCCGACGCCACCGGCUGGCUCCCCGGUGAUAGAAAACGGGCUAGAGAAUUUAUAGACUCUGAUUUUUCAGAAAGUAAACGAAGCAAAAAAGGAGAUAAAAAUGGAAAAGGCUUGAGACAUUUUUCAAUGAAAGUGUGUGAGAAGGUUCAGCGGAAAGGCACAACGUCAUACAAUGAAGUAGCUGAUGAGCUGGUGUCGGAGUUCACCAAUUCCAACAACCAUUUGGCAGCCGACUCGCAGGCUUAUGACCAGAAGAACAUUAGGCGAAGAGUUUAUGAUGCUUUAAAUGUGCUAAUGGCAAUGAACAUAAUUUCAAAAGAAAAAAAAGAAAUCAAGUGGAUUGGCCUGCCUACGAAUUCUGCUCAGGAGUGUCAAAACCUGGAGAUAGAGAAGCAGAGGCGGAUAGAACGGAUAAAGCAGAAGCGGGCCCAGCUGCAAGAGCUUCUUCUGCAGCAAAUCGCUUUCAAAAACCUGGUACAGAGGAAUCGGCAAAAUGAGCAGCAGAACCAGGGCCCUCCAGCUCUGAACUCCACCAUCCAGCUGCCGUUUAUCAUCAUCAAUACCAGCAGGAAGACGGUCAUAGACUGCAGCAUCUCCAGUGACAAGUUUGAAUAUCUUUUCAAUUUUGACAACACCUUUGAGAUCCAUGAUGACAUAGAAGUGCUGAAGCGGAUGGGAAUGUCCUUUGGCCUUGAGUCAGGCAAAUGCUCUCUGGAGGAUCUGAAACUUGCUAAGUCGCUGGUGCCAAAGGCUUUAGAAGGUUAUAUCACAGAUAUCUCCACAGGACCUUCGUGGUUAAAUCAGGGACUGCUCUUGAACUCUACCCAGUCAGUUUCCAAUUUAGACCUGACCGCCGGUGCCCCCUUGUCCCAAUCAAGUGUAAACCAGGGGUUAUGCUUGGAUGCUGAAGUGGCCUUAGCAACUGGGCAGCUCCUUGCCCCAAACAGUCACCAGUCCAGUAGCGCUGCCUCUCACGGCUCCGAGUCCCGAGGCGAGACGCCCUGCUCGUUCAACGAUGACGACGAUGACGAAGAGGAGGAGGACCCCUCCUCCCCAGAAUAAAGACAGGACGCAGCCCACGCUUUCCUGUUCGAUGCUCAUGUGUGUUUUUAGUGUGAGCUCUUGUUUUUUGAAAUGAUUGCUUCAGUCCUUGCCUCUGUUUGCACUGUGCGUUCAGUGAAAACUAGGGAAACACAAUACGCGAAUUACACGCAGGCUGACACAGA